UUUGCUAAAAAGACGAUGAAUAAAGUCUGUAAUAAAAAUAAUAAUGGCUCCAGUAGUUUUGUUGAUGAAACACAAAACAAUUUUGAUAUAUGUGAUCAAAUAUUGGAGAGUAGCACAAUACGAAAUGAGCAUGCGAAGGAAACAUCGGAGGAAAGUCUACAGGAGUUUCAAGAGUUCUUAAAACGUGUUCAGACAUUGCAGAUGUCGCCGAGCGACGAAUCACAACAACAACAGAAGCAGCAACAACCAUUGGUAUCUGAUAUUGAGGUCGGUGUCGAACCAACAAAUUCAAUGGAACAAGAUGAGAUUAAUGUUAUAUCAAGUUGCAUUCAGAGAAGAAUCAAUGAGAAAUCAACAACGAACAUUCGUGUUAGUGUUGGCAUUGAUAAAGACUUGGAAAUGAUACUUGAAAUGGACCCAAGCAUCGUUGAUUUGGGUGAUAUUAACCUUAAAGAAACAAUAGAGGCUCGCGUUUUUGGCCUGCCUCCACUAACGGGUGGACCAACUUUUAAAACUGCAAUACCGACGUCUCGCACACAAUUAAAACUUCAACUCCAACGUGAACAGCAGCAGCAGGAACAGCAGCAAAUACUAAUGCAGCAACAGCAGCAACAACAUAUGAAUAGGCAGGAUCCAACAAUGCUUAAUGCGUUCGGGUUGUCCACGGCAGGCUUUCAAUAUGGCGCAACUAGCGGCAGUAAUAGAAGCAGCGACUGUGGCAGUGGUAGCCUAAAUCAACAUCAGCAACAGAAACAGCUUCAGCAGCAUCAGAAUCAGCAGCCUGGCCAAAAGGAUAGGCUAUCAGUAUCUAGUCCUGUUGCGCUUAAGGUUCCUUUGCAGAGUAUAGGCGUAGAUGUGCCUCCUCAAGUACUACAGGUGAGCACCGUUCUAGAAAAUCCAACGAGAUAUCACGUCAUCCAGAAGCAAAAAAACCAAGUGAGACAGUAUCUCAGUGAAUCGCUCAAGCCUUCCAUCUGGGAAUGCCAAAAUUUAAAAAAUAAAGCUGCAACUAACUCGGCUUCAACAGGCAAUUUACAAUGUGCUUCAGAUGUGAAUAACAGAAAUGUUCAUAACGAAAGACCAAACAGUUUCGGAGGUGGUGAUACUGCUUCGAAUAUUAUUGGAAAAACCUUAAUGCAUUCCGAGGAAUCGGCGCUUUUGUCGCCGUUUGGUGGGAAUUGUAGCUCAAGUUUUUUUGGAAAUGAUUUGGAUGGCCAAAGUGUUAGCGAUCAGCCAAAAAGUUUUUUUAACAAACCCAAUUCAAAUGGAAACUCAUCUGUGACGGGGCGAACCUCGGGAAUUAUCAACACCAUGCGCAACUCUAACCUUUCCGGCGCAAGUACGGCGAGUCCUUUGCAAUCAGUGUCAGCUCCAAUGUCGCCAAGCCUAAGUUCUGUGGCAACAAGUGCAUCAGAGGUGAGUCACAUCAAUGCAGAAGAUCUCUUCGAUGACAUACUCCAAAAUGAUUCCUUUAAUUUCGAUAAAAACUUUAGUUCGGAGCUGUCUAUUAAGCAGGAACCACAAAAUUUAACUGAUGCAGAAAUAAAAGAUAGACAGAAAAAGGAUAAUCAUAAUAUGAUUGAGCGUCGUCGGCGUUUCAACAUAAAUGACCGAAUCAAGGAGCUUGGCACUCUGUUGCCAAAGGGAAGUGAGGCGUUCUAUGAGGUUGUACGCGACAUACGCCCCAAUAAGGGAACAAUUCUAAAGUCUUCGGUUGAUUACAUCAAAUGCCUAAAGCAUGAAGUCUCGCGUUUAAGGCAAAACGAAACCCGUCAACGCCAAAUGGAGCUACAGAACAGAAAACUCAUAUCUCGCAUACGGGAAUUAGAAUUGCAGGCAAAAUCGCAUGGCAUUUCUCUCUCUGAUUACAACCUGACAUCUGUAUCAGCUCCCACGCCACCCAUCUCGUAUCUUAAGUGCUCCAGCCCGUCACCAACAACUUCAUCUGCUGGACAUAAUCAUCAAACAGCGGCGUCCCUAAUGGAGGAUGUUAUGGAGGACAAGCUUCCGUUGAUCAACAGUGAUCCUCCAAGUAUGGGCUUGAAUCAACUCGAUGAACUGAUGGAAGAUUGUAAACACCCGGUCCAGGGAGGUGAUCCGAUGUUGUCUUCACAUAGUAGCCAUUCGCCAGUUGCCACGCAACUUCAGAGCAAUAGAGAGGCUGCCAUUUAUAGUACCACAGCAGCAGGUGGUGCGGAUUUGAAGCGUACCGGCACCUGCACUGGCAGCAGCAGCCGUGGCGAUAACAACAGCAGAUUUUGUACCCAUUCGGAGCACUCGCAUUCGUAUUCGCACCGAGGACAGGGGCAUCAACAUUUGCAUUCACAUCCCCAUCAUAGAGGCCAUAACGAGCAGAGUUCGUCAUUUGGCAUGCUAAACAACGAUUGCGAUGGCUCUGGGCACGAUCCGCUACUAUCUUCAUCACAGCAAUCACAUGGUGCUGUUGAUGUAGACGAUCAUCAUUCGGUGGACCUCUCUGCAGUGAUGAUAAACGAUCAUUCACUUUCUUCUUUAGUGGAUGAGUCCCAAGGCGAACCCAUGCUAUUGGCACCCGAUUCCUUAGAUAUUGACCUUUGAGAAAAGCAAU